AUGGCCACACAGGUGGUGAUGAGUGGAUCAGUGAUGGUGCGCCGUUCUGGUCACAACACCGGGUGUGUGUUGAAUGUAAUCACGCCUGCGCCUCUUCGCCUGGUGUCUCACUGCUGACGGUUGCUGGUCGUGACAAGGAGAUCCAGGUUGUUCUCAAAUAUUCUGUUAGUCAUGUGAGCCUUGUGUCCAUUGUGUGCCAUUUUGAAAUCAUUUCUGAGAGGAACUGUUAACUUUUUUGUCUGGUUCUCUGUAUUCCACCUUGCUGUUUCCCUGACCCCUUUGAAGACAUUUCUACUCUCAUUUAAGAAAAUUCAUAAAUGUCUAAAUGAAAGUAAACGUCUGUUUCCUGUGACUUAUUUCAAUUAAAAGGAGCGCAUUGUAUGUAUAUAAGUUUUAUACCGUGCGUGUGUGACGCUUGUAUGCAUAUCACACCUGUCUGCGCAGGCUUGCAUGUGUAUUGUAUAACCCCUCCCCCCCCGGCACACACAGACAGGUGUGUAACAUACUCACUUGGUGGGAACUGUAACAAAGUUCAUGUAGUGAGGCUCGCUGCAUGGUACAGACUGCUCAGCCCCCUCACACGUCCGGACCGUGCAAUUAUGAGUAAGCAAUGUUCCCUCUAAACUGAGUGCGUGCUUGGCCGUGCACGUCUCCCAGGGCUGCCACGCAGAAGAAAUGCCAGGCUGCACAGAGACGCAAGAGAUUGAACUUCACUGAGUUGGCCCCAUUAGUUUGCGGUAUAUAGAUCAAUGUUUUUUCUGUGAUCGAAUCAACAUAUCAGCCCCUUUUCAAUGCAACAAACCAAAACCAAUCUAACUUUGCAAGAUUGAGUCUGUGAUUUUUUUGUAGGCAGAGCCAGCACGCAAUGGAGUUAUAGAUAAGUAUAGGUCAGCAAUGGGGAGUUACAGCUUCCUACAAGAGGACAAAACAUGUAGGCUACAUUUCAAGCUGUCUUUGAAAAGCCUGUCAGUUAAAAAGCUUAUGUCUUAAUUAAAGGGGCACUGUUGUAUUUUGAGACAGGCUUGAAUAUGCAAAUAAACCAAUAAGCAGAGGGGUAGCCUAUAUUGUCUAAUUCUCUGUAUGGUGUUAAUAAUUUAUUUUCUAAAGUGGUUUCUUGCAUUAUACAACAAAAUACAAUGCAAUUGACAGUCACCUAUUUGGCCCAUAUGGAGUUACAGACCAGGUAAAAAUCAUUAAUUAGUGUCAAGCUUAAUUUUUAAAAGUCUCAUGCAAUGUAGGCCUGCAUUGAACACCACAUAUAGGCUACUGUAGGCUAUAUCAUAGAAAUCAAAAUCUAUUUCCAUGUGAAAGUGUUAUGAUUGGCUCCAUUGGUUUUGUUGGUAGGCUUACAUUAUGAUCAAAUAGCCACAAUAGCCUAUUGGCUACUGUCUAAAACUGUAAGGGUACAAUUUCAGUGUUCAUUGUAAACACGUGCUGGAGGUUGCACAAAAUUCUCACAACGUUCAAGUUUUCGCUCACAAGACCUAAAAUUUGCUCAGAGCCCCAAGACAUUUGAGGGCACAUUGAGUCUAAAGAAAAUGUUAAAUUAGACCCGGUACUGGAAUAGUGACAUCCAUGAGGUUCUGGGUUAAUUUGACCUGCAAUUUGACCUUGACCAUGGUCUACAUAAUUUUUGACUGGUGUGUCCUAAAAACAAGAUGCUUCUUCACAGGAAUGGUGCAACCAGAAAGUAAUCAGAUUACGGUGUGUUCCGGUGACAUGCAUGGCUUUCUCGUGGCUUUAUUUUACUAAAUAACUAUGAAUUAAUGGACUUAUUUUCAAAUAAUUGUCAACAUAUAACAUCACAUUAAGGUGUGGGACGUCCACUGUAUUACAAGGAACAAUAGCAGGUCUAUUUCGCUCCCCUGGGUGGCAUAUUCUGUCUGUUCACAAUUCACCUGUGGGAAAAUGGCGGCUCUCAACCCCCAACAACAGAAAGAGUUGGCCACUACUAUCCGAGAGAUUGUUUGUGAGGAAAUUACCUCUGCCCUCGACUUGCAAUUAAAACCAAUAAAUUAAUAUUUUGCACUGCUCACUUCUAAAGUGGAUACCUACUCAACUGAAGUGGAACGUUUGGAGACAGCAGCCAAUGUGACAGAGGGGCGACUCCAUGACCUGGAAACAGCGCAAACUAAGCUAGAAGGGGAAUCACAAAUCGAUUUCAUACUUUUAUCUACACCUCUAUUUUCUUUAAUUAAGACAUGUGAGCUUGUCUAAAUACCACGAUUACUACUGCCAACUUCACAUUUCAGAAUCUCCUAAAAGAGCCACAAGAUGGCGUUUCAACGUUUCAUUACUACAAAAUCCUAUAUUCUGUGAUAAAUUUGAAAUGGAACUAAAUUAAUUCAUAAUGAUCAAUAACAAUUCAGUCGAUGACCCCCGGAUUCUAUGGGAUGCCACCAAAGGUAAUUAAAUAUAAUGCAACUGCAUUUGCAUCUUGGUUGAAUAAAUCACAAUUAAAGAAACUGUGUUAGAGCGUUCUCAACAAACAUUCUUUUCAGACCAGGUAGCUAUUACUCUUUCCAAAGUCAGAACUUAAAUUAUUGUUAAGACAGAGAGCAGAAUUUGCCAUCCAUCGAGUAAGACUCAACCAUUACUUCCAUGGUAAUCAUCCCAGUCAUUUACUGGCCAACAAGCUAUGCAGUAAUGAUCAAUUAGCUGAGAUAGCAACUAUUGAAUCUGAAACAGGGGAAUUACUAUCAGAACCCAAAUUAAUCAAUCAAAGAUUCUCCCAGUUCUAUAAAGAACUGUACACCUCUGAUUCUAAAUCCACACCAAGCCAGACUAAGUAUUUUCUAAAAGAAUUAAGAACUCCUGUUCUCUCAACAGAGUAGGCCACUUCGCUGGGAGCCCGAAUCUCUCUCAAUGAACUCAAAAGGGUAUUGGAUAGCAUGAAUAAAGCAUGAACAAUACACCUGGAUGGGACAAUAUUCCUCCUGAGGUCUAUUUAACAUUUUGGAAUCAGUUAGGUCCACCAUUGGGCAAAACGAUUAAUACAGACGUUCACAAAGGUUCAUUUGGGAGAGAUGUGAAUACAGCACUAAUUUCACUUUUAUUUAAAAAAGGUAAGGAUACCACCAGUGUUCUCACUGUUGGCCCCUAUCUUUGAUAAACACAGAUAUUUCUAAAAUGUUGUCGUCCCGUCUAGAGACUUACUUACCGAAACUAUUCUACACAGACCAAAGCAGGUUUGUUAAAAAGCAUUUACCCUUGGAUGACCUCCGUCGACUAUUACAUACCUUAGAUGCUUCAUCAGAAACAACAGCUCCUUAUCUCUCGAUACAGAAGAAGCUUUUGAUAGACUAGAAUGGUCAUAUGCCUGGUCAGUCUUGGAACAUAUGGGAAUUGGCUCCAACUUCAUUCAUAUGAUUAAAAUACUAUGUACCAAUCCCUCAGCCAUAGUUACUGUAUAACAGGGAAUAUCUGCUCUGCUUUGUUCAGAAUUAUUAGAAGCAGCAGACAAGGCGAUCCAAUUUUGCUUUUGCUAUUCUUAUUAUCCAUGGAACCCCUGGCCCGAGGCAGUUCGUCAAUCGAAGGAAAUAAUAUUGAUUUCCCUAAAAUCUACUCAUCAUUUAAUCUCAUUAAACGCAGACGAUAUUUUACUCUAUCUAGACAAUGUAUCUCAAUUGCUCCCAAACGCAUCGAAGAUCAUAGAUACAUGUUGCUUAAUCUCAAGCUAUAAAAUGUAUCUAACCAAAUCAGUCCUAUUGCCUCUCAAGACCCCGAUGGAGGACUUACAUUGUUGCAUGGGGGACAUAUUUUAGAGAUGGAGCCAUCGCUAAGCAACAGUCUAAGGUUUGAGAGAGGGAGGAGAAGGUGAAGCCCACAAACUCUGUGAGCUCUCAAGACGGCUAGUUAAUUGUUUUAUUGUUUUAAAAAGUUAGUUUAACUCCAUCUGAGGAACCCCAUUAAUGAACUGUUAGCCCCAGCCCCGCAUUCCCGACCACCAUGAGGACAGCGUUUUUUGUUGUUGUUGGGGUUCAACUGGCAUCGGAAGACCUCUGCUUUUGCUCUCCUCAACAGUUGGAAAUGCUGUGAGAGACUGAGCUCUGUGUGACAGGCCCGUUGGACUGUUUGCUGUCCUCAACAGUUGGAGAUGCUGUGAGAGACUGAGCUCUGAGUGACAGGCCCGUUGGACUGUUUGCUCUCCUCAACAGUUGGAGAUGCUGUGAGAGACUGAGCUCUGAGUGACAGGCCCGUUGGGACUGUUUGCUCUCCUCAACAGUUGGAGAUGCUGUGAGAGACUGAGCUCUGAGUGACAGGCCCGUUGGACUGUUUGCUCUCCUCAACAGUUGGAGAUGCUGUGAGAGACUGAGCUCUGAGUGACAGGCCCGUUGGGACUGUUUGCUCUCCUCAACAGUUGGAGAUGCUGUGAGAGACUGAGCUCUGAGUGACAGGCCCGUUGGACUGUUUGCACUCGUGUGCUUAUCAUCAGUCACACACAUGUGACCUGGAUUCCGGGCUGUGAGUUUCAUUGGAUUGGGGACUAAUUACUCUGCUAUUUCUUUUAUUGGUUUGAAGGGGAUCUUCAAUCCCUCGUACCAGGUCCUAAAUAAGUGUAUAUCUGUGAUUUAUUUGAGCAUUGAAAUGUGUUAAAUAAUAAUUGUUGGGUUACAUAUGAUUCCAGUUUGAGCUUUCUACUGAGACUGAUUUGAUUGAGAUUACACUUACGUCUUGAGUUCAAUAAUAAUUAAUAACUGUUCAUUCCUUGCUUUAGUUAAAGGGAUAUUUAAUUGGUGUGUAGUUCUAUAUACUGUGUAGGCAUAUUAUAUUUCCUAGUGGAUAAACUAUGGGUGUUUCUCAAAAUGCAUACUAUGGUGCUCCUAGCACGCAAAUUGGAGCACGGGAGGGUCGGAGUAUGAGUCCAAAUCAAAGUAUGCGAAACGGUGCACAGGGGGCACUUCUCGAAUGCGUGCUCCAUUUGUACAUAUUUUGAAGCAUACAUCGAUGCAAGCUUCAAUGGAAAGUAUGCAAAGAAAUAUGAUGCAACCACAUAAAAAUGACCCAAAUGUUAUUGAAAUCAAUGGCAGCCAUUAUUAUAGCUGAAGUGAGAGAAAAUACACUCCGACUUCGGAAUGAAAUGUUGCCUAUUCACAUCUCAUAUCUUGCCUGACUACAAUAUUGUAUCUUGAUAUGUUAAUAAAUACAUGCUGUGUUCAUUUGGCAUGGUUACCUGCCUACAAUACCCACUGUAGGUCGUAAGCCCAUAGUAAGUCAACAGAGCUAACUGGCUAGCUACUACUGUUAGCUAGCCAGAUAGCAAUGAAGAAUUGUUAGCUAGCUACCCACGAAGAAUUGACAUCUGCCAUGGAUAAAAUUGGUUUUAGGUCAUUUUUGCCUGUUAUAAUAUCUGGUUAGCUACAUUAUUACGAUUCACAUAUAUCUAGCUGAUAAUUAUCAAGUAAAAUGUUUGUUUUGUGUAUAUCUUGUUUCGUCUCUAUUGUUGCCAUUGUCCUGGCUGGAUGAAGGUUCAGUGAGCGUGCAGCGUGAUGUAGUACAGUAGGGGGCGUGCGAGUGCUUCUCAAAUGAAAUGUUUUAUGUGUUCUCCACACUCUCGUCCUCACAAGAACGCACUGAAGAGAACGUCCUCUGAGAAUGCACUUGGAGCAUGAGACUGUGGAGCACAGUAGUAUGCAUAUUGAGAAACACCCUAUAUAUUCUUUAGGGGUAUUUCACCUACUAGGUGGAGGCUCUGCACUACUUUAUGGUUAGGCCCACACAUACACGUACAUUUUUACAUGCUGCCUGCUUACAGACCACAUCGUUUAUUAUUGGUCCGCUAAUACUAGUAAAGGCCCAGUGCACUACCUUUGUGAUUUGUUUUUACAAAAUGUAUUUUGUAUUUGAGUGUUUACCAGCAUUUGUAACUUGAGUCUGGUAAUUAUCUGUACAAAACAGUUAAUCUGAUAAUACUUGUGGAAUAUAAAAAUACUUGCUUGAUAUAUGUUUUCCAGUUUCAUGAAAUACUUUGCAAAUGCAACUUAUUUAUAUGUGUAAACUGAAAUGGUCUAUUCAUUCCUUUCAGUAGAUGCUCUUAUUCAGAGCAACUUACAUUAGUGAGUGCAUACAUUUUCAUACUGGUCCCCGAUGGGAAUAGAACCCACAACCCUAGCAUUGCAAACGCCAUGCUCUACCAACUGAGCCACAUCACCACAAUCACUUGCUGUCUCAAUGUACUCAAUUACUGUAUUGUGCAUUGUUUUUCUUCAUGGUGAUGGAAUGGUACCAAACCUAGAUGACCAGCCUAUGUACGAUACAUUAAUGUACAUUUACAUUAAGUGGUUUGUAAGGAUGGUAAAUUAAUACUGCACAAAAAGUUGUUAUUUGAUCAAGAAAAAUCUUUAAUUUGAUGUGGAGUCUGCUCUGCUCUCAUGUGGUUGGCUAGGGACCGUGGCAAAGUCUCAGCUCACUCAAUAAAUAGCUGCAGAUGACCCCUAAGCCUGUUACCUCUUAUGGGAAUGAGCUUAAUACCCCCUCUGACUUUAAAUAUCCUAGGGGGCUUGGGCUAAUGCACCUAAAUGUGCGAAGUAUGAUUUCAAGAAUGGACACAAGUGACAUUUGGGUACAGGACUCAUGUCCUGACAUUCUAGUUCUCUCGGAAACAUGGUUAAAUGGUUCUGUAUCUGAUAGAGACAUUGAAUUAUACUGAACAAAAAUAUGAACGCAACAUGCAACAAUUUCAACGAUUCUACUGAGUUACAGUUCAUAUAAGGAAAUCCGUCAAUUGAAAUAAAUGUAUUAGGCCCUAAUCUAUGGAUUUCACAUGACUGGGCAGGGGAGGGGGCAAAGGCCCACCCACUUGGGAGCCAGGCCCACCCACUGGGGAGCCAGGCCCAGCCAAUUAGAAUUAGUUUUCCCCCACAAAAGGGCUUUAUUACAGACAGAAAUACUCCUCAGUUUCAUCAGCUGUCCUGGUGGCUAGUCUCAGACGAUCCCGCAGGUGAAGAAGCCGGAUGUGGAGAUCCUGGGUUGGCGUGGUUACACGUGGUCUGCUGUUGUGAGGCCAGUUGGAUGGACUGCCAAACUCUCUAAAACAACGUUGGAGGCUGCUUAUGGUAGAGAAAUGAACAUUCAAUUCCAUGGCAACAGCUCUGAUGGACAUUCCUGCAGUCAGCAAGCCAAUUGCACGCUCCCUCAAAAGUUGAGACGUCUGUGGCAUUGUGUUGUGUGACAAAACUGCACAUUUUAGAGUGGCCUUUUUUUGUUCCCAGCACAAGGUGCACCUGUGUAAUGAUUAUGCCGUUUAAGCAGCUUCUUGAUAUGCCACACCUGUCAGGUGGAUGGAUUAUCUUGGUAAAGGAGAAAUGCUCACUAACAGGGAUGGAAACACAUUUGUGCACAAAAUAUGAAAUAAGCUUUUUGUGCAUAUGGAACAUUUCAGCUCAUUUUACAUUUUUAGUCAUUUAGCAGACACUCUUAUCCAGAGCGACUUACAUGAGCAAUCAGGGUUAAGUGCCUUGCCCAAGGGAACAUCGACAGAUUUUUCACCUAGUCGGCUCGGGGAUUAGAACCAGCAACCUUUCAGUUACCGGCACAACGCUCUUAACCACUAAGCUACCUGCUGAAACAUGGGACCAACAGUUUACAUGUUGUGUUUAUAUUUUUGUUCAGUAUAAAUUAUUAUAAUGUAUUUAGAUGUGUCAUAUUACAGAAAGGGGGAAGACUGGCCAUAUAUGUAAAAUCUGAUUUCUGUUCCCAAGAAAUGUGAGCUCAUAGUUGUGUCCAUAAACCAGAAUACACAAUUGUUUUGUUGCUGGGAUUUACCGCCCCCUUGCUGCCAUGGAGGAUGCUAUUGGUGCAAUAGCUCAGGGUUUCCCGAACUCGGUCCUGGGGCACCACUGGGUGCACGUUUUGUUUUUUGCCAAAGCACUACACAGCUGAUUCAAAUAUUCAAAACUUGAUGAUGAGUUGGUUAUUUGAAUCAGCUGUGUACAGUGGCUUGUGAAAGUAUUCACCCCCCUUGGCAUUUUUCCUAUUUUGUUGCCUUACAACCUGGAAUUAAAAUGGAUUUUUUGGGGGUUUGUAUCAUUUGAUUUACACAACAUGCCUAUCACUUUGAAGAUGCAAGAUAUUUUUUAUUGUGAAACAAACAAGAAAUAAGACAAAAAAAACAGAAAACUUGAGCGUGCAAAGUCAAUACUUUGUAGAGCCACCUUUUGCAGCAAUUAUAGCUGCAAGUCUCUUGGGGUAUGUCUCUGUAAGCUUGGCACAUCUAGCCACUGGGAUUUAUGCCCAUUCUUCAAGGCAAAACUGCUCCAGCUCCUUCAAGUUGGAUGGGUUCCGCUGGUCUACAGCAAUCUUUAAGUCAUACCACAGAUUCUCAAUUGGAUUGAGGUCUGGGCUUUGACUAGGCCAUUCCAAGACAUUUCAAUGUUGCCCCUUAAACCACUCAAGUGUUGCUUUAGCAGUAUGCUGUCACGAUCGUUGAGAGACGGGUCGGACCAAGGUGCAGCGUGAAAAGCGUACAUGUUUAUUAACUAAAUAAACAUUAAACAAAACAAGAAACAACGUAACGUGAAGUCCAAAGGGCCAUACACAUACCAGCCUAACAGGAACAAGAUCCCACAAUACACAGCAGGCAAUGGGCUACCUAAGUAUGAUCCCCAAUCAGAGACAAUGAGCGACAGCUGCCUCUGAUUGGGAAUCAUACCCGGCCAGACAUAGAAAUAGAAAAACUAGAACUGAAACAUAGAAUGUCUAACAUAGAAUUCCACACCCUGACUCAACAAACAAGAGUUCUAUAGGUCAGGGCGUGACAUAUGCUUAGGGUCAUUGUCCUGCUGGAAGGUGAACCCCCAUCCCAGUCUCAAAUCUCUGGAAGACUGAAACAGGUUUCCCUCAAGAAUUUCCCUGUAUUUAGCGCCAUCCAUCAUUCCUUCAAUUCUGACCAGUUUCUCAGUCCCUGCCGAUGAAAAACAUCCCCACAGCAUGAUGCUGCCACCACCAUGCUUCACUGUGGGGAUGGUGUUCUCGGGGUGAUGAGAGGUGUUGGGUUUACGCCAGACAUAGCGUUUUUCUUGAUGGCCAAAAAGCUCAAUUUUAGUCUCAUCUGACCAGAGUACCUUCUUCCAUAUGUUUGGGGAGUCUCCCACAUGCGUUUUGGUGAACACCAAAUGUGUUUGCUUAUUUUUUUCUUUAAGCAAUGGCUUUUUUCUGGCCACUCUUCCGUAAAGCUCUGUGGAGUGUAUGGCUUAAAGUGGUCCUAUGGACAGAUACUCCAAUCUCCGCUGUGGAGCUUUGCAGCUCCUUCAGGGUUAUCUUUGGUCUCUUUGUUGCCUCUCUGAUUAAUGCCCUCCUUGCCUGGUCUAUGAGUUUUGGUGGACGGCCCUCUCUUGGCAGGUUUGUUGUGGUGCCAUAUUCUUUCAAUUUUUUUAUAAUGGAUUUAAUGGUGCUCCGUGGGAUGUUCAAAGUUUCGGAUAUUUUUUAUAACCCAACCCUGAUCUGUACUUCUCCACAACUUUGUCCCUGACCUGUUUGGAGAGCUCCUUGGUCUUCAUGGUGCCGCUUGCUUGGUGGUGCCCCUUGCUUAGUGGUGUUGCAGACUCUGGGGCCUUUCAGAACAGGUGUGACAGAUCAUGUGACACUUAGAUUGCACACAGGUGAACGUUAUUUAACUAAUUAUGUGACUUCUGAAGGUAAUUGGUUGCACCAGAUCUUAUUUAGGGACUUCAUAGCAAAGGGGGUGAAUACAUAUGCACGCACCACUUUUCCAUUAUUUAUUUUUUUGAAUUUUUUGAAACAAGUUAUUUUUUUCAUUUCGCUUCAGCAAUUUGGACUAUUUUGUGUAUGUCCAUUACAUGAAAUCCAAAUAAAAAUCCAUUUAAAUUACAGGUUGUAAUGCAACAAAAUAGGAAAAACGGCAAGUGGUAUGAAUACUUUUGCAAUGCACUGUAGCUGACUCGACGGUUAAACCAUCAACUUCUAGUGAUUUUUUUUUUUCAUUUCAACAGUUUGCUAUUUGUGAUGUGCUAGAUGCCUUGCUUAAGAUUGAUGUAAACAAAAAAAAUCCACUUGACGUGAUAUGCUUGAUCCAUUUCUGCUGCACCUCUCUGCCCCCUGAUUGCUGAAUCACUAACCCAUAUUUUUUACCUAACAAUUAUAUCUGGUACGAUCCCCAAGGUUUGGAAGGCGGCCCAUGUCCUCCUCCUUCACAAAGGUGGUGACCCUUGUGACCUAAAUAAUUAAUCUUCCUAUUUCUAACCUUUCCUGCCUAGCUAAAAUAUUUGAAUCCUUGAUUAAUUCUCAGCUAAGAUCUUUCUUAUCUUUGAAAUAUAUUCUAAAUGUACAGUACCAGUCAAAAGUUUGGACACACCUACUCAUUCCAGGGUUUUUCUUAAUUUUUUUCUGUUUUCUACAUUGUAGAAUAAUAGUGAAGAGAUCAAAACUAUGAAAGAACACAUAUGGAAUCAUGCAGUAACCAAAAAAAAUGUAAACAAAGAAAAAUAUAUUUGAGAUUUGAGAUUAAUCAAAUAGCCACCCUUUGCCUUGAUGACAGCUAUGCACACUCUUGGCAUUCUCUCAACCAGUUUCAUGAGGUAGUCACCUGGAAUGCAUUUCAAUUAACAGGUGUGCCUUCUUAAAAGUUAAUUUGUGGAAUUUCUUUCCUUCUUAAUGCGUUUGAGCCAAUCAGUUGUGUUGUGACAAGGUAGGGGGGGGUAUACAGAAGAGAGCCCUAUUUGGUAAAAGACCAAGUCCAUAUUAUGUCAAGAACAGCUCAAAUAAGCAAAGAGAAACGACAGUCCAUCAUUACUUUAAGACAUGAAGGUCAGUCAACACAGAAAAUUCAAGAACUUUGAACGUUUUUUCAAGUGCAGUCGCAAAAACCAUCAAGCGCUAUGAUGAAGCUGGCUCUCAUGAGGACCGCCACAGGAAUGGAAGACCCAGAGUUACCUCUGCUGCAGAGGAUAAGUUCAUUAGAGUUACCAGCCUCAGAAAUUGCAACCCAAAUAAAUGCUUCACAGAGUUAAAGUAACAUGCAUGUCUCAGCAUCAACUGUUCAGAGGGGUUUACGAUCUGUCACGAUCGUCGUAGGAGUGAGUAGACCAAGGCGCAGCGUGUGAAACAAACAUGACUUUAUUUAAUUAAAGUAUCAAACAAAACACGACUCGUGAAGUCCACGGUUAACAAUACCGACACGGAACAAAAACCCACAACACCCAAGGGAAAACAUACAGUUUAAAUAUGGCUCCCAAUCAGAGACAACCCACAACAGCUGACACUCGUUGCCUCUGAUUGGGAGCCACUCUGGCCAACAUAGACAUAGAACAACUUAGAAUACCCAACAUAGAAAAUGAACACAUAGAAUGAACACACCCUGGCUCAACAUAUAGAGUCCCAGAGCCAGGGUGUGACAGUACCCCCCCCCUAAAGGCGCGGACUGCGACCGCGCCUUAACAAAACCCCAAACAGGGGAGGGCUGGGUGGGCAUUCCUCCUCGGAGGCGGCUCUGGCUCCGGGCUUGACCACCACCCUUCCAUAAUUCCCCCGUAGCGCCCCUGGUCCGGUCUGACCCCGCUGGCUGGAUCUGGACUGGACAUUGACGGAGCGGAUUGCUUACGCUCCGUUGUGGAGCAGCUGACCGGUCUUACCAGGCUGACGACUCGCACCCCGGGCUUGGUGCGAGUAGCAGGAACGGGCUGAACCAGGCUGACGACUCGCACCCCUGGCUUGGUGCGAGUGGCAGGAACGGGCUGAACCAGGCUGACGACUCGCACCCCUGGCUUGGUGCGAGUGGCAGGAACGGGCUGGACCAGGCUGACGACUCGCACCCCCGGCUUGGUGCGAGUGGCAGGAACGGGCCGGACAGGGCUGGCGACGCACACCGUAGGUUUGGUGCGUGGAGCAGGGACAGGCCGGGCUGGGCUGUCGACGCACACCGUAGGCUUGGUGCGUGGAGCAGGGACAGGCCGGACAGGGCUGGCGACGCACACCGUAGGCUUGGUGCGUGGAGCAGGGACAGGCCGGACAGGGCUGGCGACGCACACCGUAGGCUUGGUGCGUGGAGCAGGGACAGGACGGACAGGGCUGGCGACACACACCGUAGGUUUGGUGCGUGGAGCAGGGACAGGCCGGGCUGGGCUGUCGACGCACACCGUAGGCUUGGUGCGUGGAGCAGGGACAGGCCGGACAGGGCUGGCGUCGCACACCGUAGGCUUGGUGCGUGGAGCAGGGACAGGCCGGACAGGGCUGGCGACGCACACCGUAGGCUUGGUGCGUGGAGCAGGGACAGGCCGGACAGGGCUGGCGACGCACACCGUAGGUUUGGUGCGUGGAGCAGGGACAGGCCGGGCUGGGCUGUCGACGCACACCGUAGGCUUGGUGCGUGGAGCAGGAACAGGCCGGGCAGGGCUGGCGACGCACACCGUAGGCUUGGUGCGUGGAGCAGGGACAGGCCGGACAGGGCUGGCGACGCACACCGUAGGUUUGGUGCGUGGAGCAGGGACAGGCCGGGCUGGGCUGUCGACGCACACCGUAGGCUUGGUGCGUGGAGCAGGAACAGGCCGGGCAGGGCUGGCGACGCACACCGUAGGCUUGGUGCGUGGAGCAGGGACAGGCCGGACCGUACUGGGAACACACACCACUGGCUUUAAACGGGGAUCAGGAACGGGCCGGACCGGACUGGCAAUACACCUCAGUACCUCUCGCCGUGCCUCUACGACUUCCUUCCCUCCUCUCGCCAAUGGCUCCCGUAACCCGGUGGCCUUCUCUCCUCGUCUCCUAUUUCGCCCUUUUGGCAGCCUCCUGCUGCCCAGUCGCCCACGCCGUGUGCCCCCCCCCUAAAAAAUUCUUGGGGGUGCCUCUCGUCCGUCCGACGAUGGCACUGCUGACGCCGCUGCUCCUCUCCUGCCUGGGUCUCCCCCUUCAUAGCCCUCCGGUACCGGACGGCCUCCUCCUCGGUAAUCUGCCCCCAACCGAGGAGGACAUCCACCAGCGUCACCUCCUGCGUGUGUUCCUGGACACGCUGCUUGGUCGUUGUAUGGUGGGUUUUUCUGUCACGAUCGUCGUAGGAGUGAGUAGACCAAGGCGCAGCGUGUGAAACAAACAUGACUUUAUUUAAUUAAAGUAUCAAACAAAACACGACUCGUGAAGUCCACGGUUAACAAUACCGACACGGAACAAAAACCCACAACACCCAAGGGAAAACAUACAGUUUAAAUAUGGCUCCCAAUCAGAGACAACCCACAACAGCUGACACUCGUUGCCUCUGAUUGGGAGCCACUCUGGCCAACAUAGACAUAGAACAACUUAGAAUACCCAACAUAGAAAAUGAACACAUAGAAUGAACACACCCUGGCUCAACAUAUAGAGUCCCAGAGCCAGGGUGUGACAGAAUCAGGCCUUCAUGGUGGAAUUGCUGCAAAGAAACCACUACUAAAGGACACCAUUAGGAAGAAGAGACCUGCUUGGGCCAAGAAACACGAGCAAUGGACAUUAGACCGGUGGAAAUUUGUCCUUUGGUCUGGAGUCCAAAUUUGAGAUUUUUGGUUCCAACCGCCGUGUACUUGCGAGACACGGUGUGGGUGAACGGAUUAUCUCUGCAUGUGUAUUUCCCACCAUAAAGCAUGGAGGAGGAGGUGUUAUGGUGUGGGGGUGCUUUGCUGGUUACGCUGUCUGUGAUUUAUUUAGUAUUCAAGGCACACUUAACCAGCAUGGCUACCACAGCAUUCUUCAGCGAUACGCAAUCCCAUCUGGUUUGGUCUUAGUGGAACUAUCAUUUGUUUUUCAACAGGACAAUGACCCAACACACCUCCAGGCUGUGUAAGGGCUAUUAUACCAUGAAGGAGUGUGAUGGAGUGCUGCAUCAGAUGACCUGGCCUCCACAAUCCCCUGACCUCAACCCAAUUGAGAUGGUUUGGGAUGAGUCGGACCGCAGAGUGAAGUAAAAACAGCUAACAAGUGCUCAGCAUAUGUGGGAACUCCUUCAAGAUUGUUGGAAAAGCAUUCCAGGUGAAGCUGGUUGAGAGAAUGCCAAGCAAAACUGUCAUCAAGGCAAAGGGUGGCUAUUUGAAGAAUCUCAAAUAUAAAAUACAUUUUGAUUUGUUUAACACUUUUCUGUUUACUACAUGAUUCCAUAUGUGUUAUUUCAUAGUUUUAAUGUCUUCACUAUUAUUCUACAAUGUAAAAAAUUGUACAAAUAAAGAAGAACCCUUGAAUGAGUAGGUGUGUCCAAACUUUUGACUGGUAGUGUACAUCAGUCGGGUUUUAGACCAUGUCAUAGCACUAUCUCUGCUGCAUCCCUAGUUAUAAAUGAUGUGGUUAACUGUAUGGAUAAAAGGCAACAUUGUGCUGCCCUCUUCAUUGACCUGUCAAAGGCUUUCGAUACUGUUGAUCACUCACUGCUAAUUCAGAGGAUUUCCUCAAUUGGCCUAGACCAGGCUGCAUGUAACUGGUUUAAAAAUUACUUGACAGAUAGAACUCAAUGUAUAUCUACUGAUGGUGUUAAAUCAGGUUUCCUGGAUAUUACGAAAGGUGUCCCGCAGGGGUCGAUUCUGGGUCCUGUACCUUUUACUGUUUACAUUAACAAAAUCAACUUGUCUGUAAAAAUUGUAACCUGCACUUGUAUGCCGAUGAUACUGUUGUAUAUGCUAUUGCCCCCACGGUUGUACAGACUCUAUCUGAACUACAGUCUGCCUUCAUUGUAUUACAAAAACACUUUAUUGACCUGAAAUGAGUACUGAAUGCAGGUAAAACUAAGUAUAUGUUGUUCUCUAGAGCGCAUAAAAAAAGUCUGAUGAUUUAAGCAUAUGUACUUUGGAAGGUGUCUAUUUUGAUCGUGUCCCUGAUUACAAAUAUCUGGGCAUCUGGAUAGAUGAAAAGCUGUCUUUUAAAAAGCAUAGUGAUGAGUUAGUUAAAAAGCUGAGAAUAAAAAUGGGCUUCUUCCAUAGAAAUACAGUAGGUCCUGCCUCUCGCUAAAUAGUAGAUAGCAGAUUAUUCAUUCAACGUUCCUAUUCGUCCUAGACUAUGGCGACAUCAUCUAUAUGAACGCAGCUGCCACUUCAUUAAAGCCAUUAGAUGCAGUUUAUCAUAGUGUACUGUGCUUUAUCAUGGGUGACAAUUUUAGUACUCUGCAUUCUCUACCAGAAAGUUGGUUGGCCCUCUUUGAUGUCACCUAGGUUGAUACAUUGCUAUGUUUUCAUUUAUAAAGCCCUUUUACAAAAAUUCCCACUGUACCUGACAUCAUUACUAAACUUCAGACAUACGAGUUACCACACCCGGUCUCAGGGAUGGCUAACUCUGGAAAUUCCUUUGGUAUCUACUAAGUUAGGUAAAUCAGCUUUUAGUUUUCUUGCACCUUAUUUGUGGAACAAUCUUCAAAAUGUUCUUAAAUUUGAUGUUCUGGUGCCUCUAGGGCAAUUCAGAAAGCUGAUUGAGGACCUUAUUACCAAUGAAUGUGUUUGUUUUUUAUGACCGUGUUUUUCUUUCUUUCUUUCUGCUUGCAUUUUGUAUUUAUAUUUUGAUGUGUGUAUUUUCUGUAAUUUAUGUAAUUCAGGGCUCAUCUGUAAAAGAGACCUUGGUCUCAGUAUGAUUCCCUGAUAAAAUAAAGGUUAAAUAAAAUAAAUAAAUAUAUAUUGUUUACUCUCUGUGGAGUGAAUGGCUGCUGAGGAGUUUUCUGGUUUCAUUGUGAUACACAAGGGAUUACUGGGACGGAACAAAUGAGAAUAACAUCACAGAGCAUUGCUGUAUACACACUCGGCAUUCUUCUACAGGGGCUAAACAGAUCCCACAUUCUUUGCCUCCUUCCGCUGUGUCAAAAUGAUUAUUUAUCAGGAGUAUCAGUGAGAAGGUGGUGUUUUUCCGUUCCUAGUUGGACACACAUUAGGGAAGUGAUGUAGUCAUGCUGGGUUUGCACUUCUCCAUUUUCUUCUUCUUUCAACAUAUUUGACCAUUUCCAAAGAAAGUCAGUCUGUACUGAAACUGUUUGUAUCUGAGACUGAUUUUAUCUCUAAUCCACUCCCUAAUGUUUUUCACUCUCUUUCUCUGUCCCCUUCUUCUGUUCUUUCUGUCCUUUCCCCUCUCUUUACUCUUCUAUCUCUCACACACACUUUCUCCUCCUCCCUCUGUAAUGGGUAUCUGUGUAGCACAGUGUUGUUAUAGGAUAACAGGGCAAUAUAAACAGUUAGAUGUUGUACAUCAUAUCUGUAAUUUGUGUCUGAUUGUGUUCAUGUUAAGGCAUCAAAGGGCCACUUCCCUCAAGCCCUGUUGAUAUAUCCAUAUCCAGGCUACACCGUCACUGUAGCAAUUAAAACACAAGUUGACGAAAGUAAGGUGAGGGUGCAGCCUCUUCUGACACCACACAAUGACAUCACCCAUAACAUGUGUUUGUCCUAUUCAUGUCCCUCAAAGAUCAGGAAAAACAAGUUGUUAGACAUUCUGUGUGUUCCCCCCCACCCCCCACCCCCGGUUAUUUUUCUCUCUUCCUCUUUUUUUCUCACUCUGUCAUAUCCUCUUCUCACUGGCAGUCAGUUUUUGAUGUCUCAGUGAGAUUGUGAGCUCCUCUUCCAUUCUUUCUCUAUAACUCUCCUCUCUUGUUGGUUUGCUGUUUGGUGGUGGUGGCCACUGUGUUAGACCAUGGGAGACCCUAUGGCUUUCUCCUUCCUAAACAAGAGACGACGACCACGGGUUCACUGCCAAUGGAAACGGCCUCUGCUACUCCCUGGACCCCCUGGAAGAUGGACCCACAGCGGCCAUUGGACACCGGUCAGAGUGUUGGUUCAACCACACGGUCUACAAUAAUGAGAGAUGUAUCACAAACACAGGAAGAUUCAAGCUCGACCACGACCAAACUAGAGCAAGAGGAUGUGGUAACAGAAGGGUUGACUCCCCUGACUGAAGAGGGGGACAACGGUCCUGAACUGUUGACCAUGUCUAUGAUCAGUGACUGUUCGAUGCCGUUUCUGACCAUAGAAGAUGCUGGUCCUGAUGGGUCUGGUGAGCUGACCGUGGUCAGAGAAAGUUUGACCGUAGCGAAUGACGGUCCAGAGGGUUUGACUGUGGUCAGUGAGGGAGAAGGAGACGGUUCUGAUGCGGUCCGUGAGGAUAGGAGCACUUCCAGACGGAGCUACAUAGAUGGAAUCUUACCGGACCUCAUCAGGAGUGGACGACCACUCAGCAGGACGACAGAACAGUGGGACCCAGUUCUCAGAACACGGUGAGGAGAGCGAGAGGAGGAUGAGAGCUAGGAGAGAUUGAGCCUAGAAGAGAGACGGAGUGAGAGCAGAGAGAGGGAGGAGAGAGAGAGAGAGAGAUCGAUUAGAGGAGCAGAGAGAGAGAGCGAGAGAGAGGAUGAGAGAGAGAGAGAGGAGAGGAGAGGGGAGGAGCGAGAGAAAGAACAGAGAGGAGAGAAAGACAGAGAGAGAGAAAGACAGAGAGAGAGAAAGACAGAGAGAGAGAGAAAGACAGAGAGAGAGAGAGAGAGACAGAGAGAGAGUGAGAAAUGUGUGCGUGUGCUAUUUCUCUCAUCAUCCAGGAAUCUGGAUUAGGUUUCUGUUUACCACUGUGUCCGAGUUUUUCAUGACACUGUGUUUUUUUGAGGGAAAGGUUGUGUGCAUGUGCAUGUGUGUGUCUAUGUGUGUGUGUGCGUGCAUGCAUGGUUAAAGGUACUGCCUCGAAGGUGGUUUGUAUAUGUGUGUGUGUGUGUGUGUUUGCAUGUAACACUGUGUCUGUGUAUGUCUAGUUGAAGUGAAAAGGGGAAUUCUUGUAGGAAGUUGAUUAACGUGUUUCUUUACAAACUUACUUCUGUGUGUUCAGUUGAAGGAGGUGCGUCGCGAGGUGGAGCUGUCUCGGAAGCGCAGUCUGAGGCUGAAGGCUCAGGUGGACAAACUACAGGAGAACAGAGAGGGACUAGGUUGGAGUCAACACAGAGAGAAGGUAACACACACAAACACACACGCACACACACAAAUACAGACAAGCAUUCAGAGCAUUGAAGUAGAACCAGAUAUUUCAAAGAUCCUUUCAAAGGCAGAAGGCCUGGUCAUACAAUCGUUGAAACACAAACAAAAACAGUGUGAUGUAUAGAGGUUGAAUAACAACAAGAAGCACACAACAAUGGGGCUUGAAUGGAGUAUGCUGAUAACUGUGUGAGAAUGGAGUAUUACUUACUGCACACAAUAAAUUAGUCCUUUUGGUUUCUGUGGAGCACAUCACCUUUAGAAGUCUGUGUGUAUGUUGAACUUUCUUUCCCCUCUUUCGCUCUCUCCCUCUUUACGCCCCUCUUCUCUCUCUCUCCCACCCACCCAUCCCCCCUCCCCCCUCUCUCUCUCAAUCUCUCUCUUUCACUGCUCCCCCUUGCUCUUACCCUCUCGCUACCACUCUCACUCUCCCCCCUCUCUCCCUCUCGCUACCCCCCCCCCCCCCCUCGCUACCCCUAUCUCUCUCCAGGUUACAGAGGAGGUUCAGUCCAUUCUGAGGUUGUUGCUUCCUCUGACAGAGUCCAGCCCAGUAGAACCCUCUGGUCAGGAGAACAGUCUGGAUACAGCACUGGUUCUGCUGCAGAACGUAGCCCGCAAUCUAGCACUGAACCACACAGCACAGGUUAGUUUUAACUACCUCCCAGCCGCACAGUACAGGUGAGUCUAAAGUAGCUCUCAAGUCUCAGCCACACGGUACAGGUGAGCCCAGACCAUGGUCCUUAAGGACAUAUUCAGUAGACCCAAAUAGGGUGUCAUGGUUUAAUGACACAAACAUUUUGAGGAGGUGCUACCUGAUUGUCAAAACAAGAACAUCUAUUAACAUUUUGGGAUUUCAAAAUAUAUAUUUGGUCUUAGUGAAUGUGACCCAGGCUUGCACUCAUAUAGUCUCAGGUGAGCUUAAAUCCUAUCAGAAUAUAUCAGCAAACAAUUUAGGCAGAAUAACUGCUGAGGGUAUGUCUACAAGACAAGACAUUAAGGAUUGUUAAACGCAUGUAUAUCAUCAAUACCAAGAAACCAGUGGAGGCUCCUCAGAGGAGGAAGGGGAGGACCAUCCUCCUCAGUGAAUUUCAUUUUUACAUAAAACUAUACUAAAUAUACAGUGAGGGAAAAAAGUAUGUGAUCCCCUGCUGAUUUUGUACGUUUGCCCACUGACAAAGAAAUGAUCAGUCUAUAACUUUAAUGGUAGGUUUAUUUGAACAGUGAGAGACAGAAUAACAACAAAAUAAUCCAGAAAAACGCAUGUCAAAAAUGUUAUGAAUUGAUUUGCAUUUUAAUGAGGGAAAUAAGUAUUUGACCCCCUCCCAAUCAGAAAGAUUUCUGGGUCCCAGGUGUCUUUUAUACAGGUAACGAGCUGAGAUUAGGAGCACACUCUUAAAGGGAUCAAUCAAUCAAUCAGAUUCCAAACUCUCCACCAUCGCCAAGACCAAAGAGCUCUCCAAGGAUGUCAGGGACAAGAUUGUAGACCUACACAAGGCUGGAAUGGGCUACAAGACCAUCGCCAAGCAGCUUGGUGAGAAGGUGACAGCAGUUGGUGCGAUUAUUCGCAAAUGGAAGAAACACAAAAUAACUGUCAAUCUCCUUCGGCCUGGGGCUCCAUGCAAGAUCUCACCUCAUGGAGUUGCAAUGAUCAUGAGAACGGUGAGGAAUCAGCCCAGAACUACACGGGAAGAUCUUGUCAGUGAUCUCAAUGCAGCUGGGACCAUAGUCACCAAGAAAACAAUUGGUAACACACUACGCCGUGAAGGACUGAAAUCCUGCAGCGCCCGCAAGGUCCCCCUGCUCAAGAAAGCACAUAUACAGGCCUGUCUGAAGUUUACCAAUGAACAUCUGAAUGAUUCAGAGGAGAACUGGGUGAAAGUGUUGUGGUCAGAUGAGACCAAAAUCGAGCUCUUUGGCAUCAACUCAACUCGCCGUGUUUGGAGGAGGAGGAAUGCUGCCUAUGACCCCAAGAACACCAUCCCCACCGUCAAACAUGGAGGUGGAAACGUUAUACUUUGGGGGUGUUUUUCUGCUAAGGGGACAGGACAACUUCACCGCAUCAGAGGGACGAUGGACAGGGCCAUGUAAUGUCAAAUCUUGGGUGAGAACCUCCUUCCCUCAGCCAGGGCAUUGAAAAUGGGUCGUGGAUGGGUAUUCCAGCAUGACAAUGACCCAAAACACACGGCCAAGUCAACAAAGGAGUGGCUCAAGAAGAAGCACAUUAAGGUCCUGGAGUGGCCUAGCCAGUCUCCAGACCUUAAUCCCAUAGAAAAUCUGUGGAGGGAGCUGAAGGUUCGAGUUGCCAAACGUCAGCCUCGAAACCUUAAUGACUUGGAGAAGAUCUGCAAAGAGGAGUGGGACAAAAUCCCUCCUGAGAUGUGUGCAAACCUGGUGGACAACUACAAGAAACGUCUGACCUCUGUGAUUGCCAACAAGGGUUUUGCCACCAAGUAGUAAGUCAUGUUUUGCAGAGGGGUCAAAUACUUAUUUCCCUAAUUAAAAUGCAAAUGAAUUUAUAAAAUUUUUGACAUACGUUUUUCUGGAUUUUUUUGUUGUUAUUCUGUCUCUCACUGUUCAAAGAAACCUACCAUUACAAUUAUAGACUGAUCAUGUCUUUGUCAGUGGGCAAAUGUACAAAAUCAGCAGGGGAUCAAAUACUUUUUUCACUCACUGUAUUCACGUCACCAAAUAAUUGAUUAAAACACACUGUUUUGCAAUGAAGGUAUACAGUAGCCUCAACAGCACUCUGUAGGGUAGCACCAUAGCGUAGCCGGAGGACAGCUAGCAUCCGUCCUCCUCUGGGUACACUGACUUCAAUACAAAACCUAGGAGGCUCAUGGUUCUCACCCCCUUCCAUAGACUUACACAAUAAUAAUGACAAUUUCCAAUCUAUCAGAGCUCUUGCAGCAUGAACUGACAUGUUAUCCAACCAAUCAGAGAAUGAAGGAUCAGAGAAUUAAACUAGUACUGAAAGCAUAAGCUACAGCUAGCUAGCACUGCAGUGCAUAAAAUGCGGUGAGUAGUUGACUGAAAGAGAGAGAAAUACAAUAAUUCAACAGUUUUGAAGAUUCAUAAAAAAAAUUCACUUUCAGUUCACUUACUUAGCUAGCAAAUGCCCGCUAGCUUGUUUAGCCUACUGAAACACCCUGCUCAAACAGAGGGAUGCUAUGCUGGCUAUGACUAUCCAACACAACACUGGAACUCUUGCAUAUCAAAGUAAGCGUUUGGUUUGACUAAUUUAUUGCCACCGGGGCCCGCCAAUGUAACUGCUAAACUGCUUACUUACUUUACACUGUAAUCAGUGGUGAUUUUAGCGUGUAAAUCCUGGUGGAGCAAACUCCCGAAAAAUUUUGGGGAUACAUGCCAGCAAAGCCACUACAUAACACUAAACAAUACAUUAAUUGGACUAUAACGGUGACAAAUGGUGCCCACAAACUGUUAGGGCCUACAUAAAGCUAUCCCAACAGCAGUCCAAACAUCUUACCACUGCUACACCUGGCUAUCAGCGGGGCCUUGUCUGUCAGCAAAACAGUUAAUUCAGCCUAAUUUACUGCCUUUUAAAAAAACAUCGCUGAUAUGGCUGACUUGCUUAAACAAAUGUGGUUUCUACUGACAAUUGAGAUGUACAAACUAUGGCAUAAGGUGACGACGAGCUGAUAAGAGGCAAUCCGUAAUUUGAUUAAGACAUUAAUGUGCGAGCUAGGACGGAUGUAGUCAAUAUAACUAUUUGUUCAGCACUUUAGAAAUGUACAGCGACAUCAUUCAGAAAAUGGGCCGUUCUUACAGUAUUCUCCCUGUACACCAAGUCAGAAAAAGGGGGCAUAUAAGCAGACAAUGAAAGCUCUUACAAUAUUCAAUGAUGACAUUUCUCUAAAACAGGUUAUAGGCUACAUAUGCACCACCAAGUCAGAAGAGUAGGCUAAAUUAUGCGUGGAAAAGUGAUCAAAUUAUUAGGGUGAGGCACAUUGGCUACUAACAGCUUACUACACAACAUGCACUUAAUAUUACUUUCUUAGCUACAGUAUACAUAUCUCCCUGGCAUAUUACAUCAUUUAUGCAGCAGCAUAUAAGGACUUACCUUGUUGUGCUCACUUGAACAGGAAGGUGGCGCGGCGGUACUUCGUGGGCAAAUUUUGUCAUCAAACUUUGUCAUCAAAGUCUGGCAUUCUCUGGAUUUAUGGUGUUUUCAAGACAACUGGGAACUCUGAAAAAAACAAGGUUGAAUUAUGACGUUAGUGAUCUUCAGUUCAGAGCUCUUGAAAGAGGCCCGAGUUCCCCAUAGAGUUUGCAGUGACAUAGUGUCCCCAUGAGUGACAGAACACUGAGCCGAUCACGGCGCAACUAGAGAACAUUACCAACCCCUACGCUCUGUAUUUUCCGCUGGCUGCCCCACCACCACAGAAAGCAUUGAGCUAGGCUGAAAUACCUGCAUUUUGGAGCUGCCUGACUCAAGAAAGCGAAAUUGAGACCAUGUUUGUAUGCGGCAAUGUUUUUUAGUUUUUUUACAUUGUUUGCAAACUGAUAUGUGACACGUAUUAAUGCCAAAAUAACAUGCAAAACAGGUGGGGCCCAAAACAGGUGGGGUUCUGACUAUGACGUUACUUUAGCUAAUAUGGUGACAACAAUGUAGGCUGUGUGUAGCGGUUAUGAUAUGGUUUGUUUUGGAAUGUUUUUUUCGCCUGGUCACAUACAGCUGAUGUGUUGUGCAUUGAAGUCAACAAAUUAAGGGAAGAGGUGAGGGGAGGAGAGCUCAAAGAUGAGAGAAGGAAUACAACGUGGCUACUAUGAAAACCGAUUCUUAAACGGAAGCAAACGGAACAAAAUGGGGAUAAACAUACCUGCAUUUGUCCAACUCUCAUUUGCAACUGUUGGAAUAAUGAUUACACCCUAUAUCAGCUAGAUGCAGGCAAGAGUGCGCAAGGUGGUAUUGAAUGUGUCACUGUCUGUCCAUGUGUCACUGUCACCUAAAAUAUUUAUCUCGUCCUGUGUGGACCUGCGUUGUAAACUUUAAUUCAUAGGCUAGGUUGUAGCAACCUCAUGAUGGGUAUAGGGAAAAUGUGAGUAUCAUGUAGUAGCCUAAACCUAUCAAUGUUACAUUGAACUGGGUGAAUGGAAAAUAAAUGAGUCAUCCAAUAUGCUGUAAUAGAAAUAAGGCCAUGCUCAUCUUAAACGGCACCGACCGGCACUGCAAGAAACACAAUUUUAUGUCAAUGACACCUAUGAAUGUCAAUAAAACAAACUUCCUUUCUUUCCCAACCACUCUUUCCUUUGUUUACCAAGGAUUCCAAGUCCGGGGGUCAGAGAGAAAACGGUGUCUCUGACAGUGCUGUUCUACAACAGGCACUACGUGACAGAGAUGAUGCCAUGGAGAAGUGAGUAUAUACACACACACACACACACAAAUACACAUGCAGACACACAUGGCUCACACACUAACACACACACACGCACACACCGCACACACACACACACACACACCACGGCAAAGAGAGUUGUCAAUGCCGCUCGUCUGUAGAAGAAUAACAUUGAUAUUUUGUUUUAUUCGACUUCCUGUUGUACAGGAAGAAGGCCAUGGAGGCGGAGCUUCUCCGCAGUAAGACAGAGAUGAUGUUACUUAACAACCAGCUGCUGGAGGCCGUGCAGAAACGACUGGAGCUCGCUCUGGAACUAGAGACCUGGAAGGUACUGAGAGAGAUAGAGGGAGGGGUGGGGGAGAGGGAGAGACAGAGGGAGGGAGAUGGACAAGGGAAGAGGGAAAGGAUGAGGGAGGAGGGGAGAGAGGGAGAGAGGGAGAAGGAGAGGGAGGAAGGGAGAGACAGAUAGAGUGCAGAGAGAGAGAGUAGAGAGAGAGAGCGUCACAGUCUAUGGGAAGGAAAAAGGGAUAUGUCUGAGACAUACAGUGGGAACAUAUAAGCUCAGCUGGGGAGAGGUGUUACUGUGGAAAACAAGCUCUGACUAAUCAGGGGCCAAUAGCAAAUUACCCAUGGUUUAACACCAGUGUUGGGGUAAACUACAUUUAGUUAAAUGAGUAAUUGAAUAACAUUUUGUAGUAGCUUGGUGGUAGUUCAACAAAAUUCUAAUAUUGGGAGUGUUUUCAGUAGUUAAUUGCUUUUUUGCCAUGUAGUGGUGUAGCUAAAUACAGGAACUACACACUACGGACCAAAUAAUGAUGAUCCACACUUCUUUGAAAAUAUAUAUAAUAAAUUAUCAACUCUGCAAGCAAUUCAAGACUCUAUUAUUAUGGUGGGAGAUUAUAAUACCGUUUUAAAUAGCUCAAUGGACCGUAUAGUAAAUCACACUACAAACAAUCACCCUCGUGCUCUUAAGGAAAUCGUGAAUGUCAUGGAUACAUUAGAACUAGUAGAUAUAUGGAGGCUUAAAUAUCCUGAUCUAGUGAGAUAUACAUGGCGGAGACUCAAUUAAGCUAGUUGUCUUGACUUCUUUCUUAUGUCAUUCUUGUUGGCACCAAAAGUUUAAAAAGUGUUGAUAGGGGACAGAAUGCGGUCGGACCAUCAUAUAAUUGGCAUAUACAUUACUCUUACUGAAUUUCCACGUGGGCGAGGAUAUUGGAAAUUUUAUCAAAGCCUAUUGGAUGAUAACUUGUUUUUAACUAGGACAGAGGAAUUUAUAACUGUUUUUUUUCCCGACAUAACAUAGGUACAUCAAAUCCCCUUAUUGUAUUGGACACCUUUAAAUGUGCCUUUAGAGGCCAUGCAAUUCAGUACUCAUCUCGAAAACAAAAGCAUUUUAUGUCAAAAGAGUCCACACUUACAAAGGCAAUAGAAGGUCUAACAGAACAGAUAGAUAGCAAUAAAAACUGUAACAUAGAGGCUCAGAAUAAAUUAGAGAAACAAAAAGAAAUGGAGAAACUUAUUCAAGAAAGAUCAAGUGUAAUAUAUUAUACAAAUACAGCAAACUGGAUGGAAUAUGGGGAAAAAUGCACCAAAUUAUUUUUUAAUCUUCAACAUAGGAAUGCUACCAAAAAUAAUUUACUGAAACUGGUUACAAAUGACGGAGUCACCCAUGAUUCACCAAAUGAUAAUUUGAAGGAAGAAACAAAGUACUUUAAGCAUAUGUUUUCGUUUCAGUCGCCUCCAUCUCCUCUAACUGAAGCAAAUUGUAGAGAUUUUUUUCUAUUGAUAAUGUAAAAUUAACAGCCAUACAGAAAGACUCAUGUGAAGGUGAAAUUACAGAGGAGGAACUUCUGGAUACAAUUAAAGACUUUAAGUCCGGGAAAACUCCAGGGUUGGAUGGCAUACCAGUUGAGGUAUACCAAACCUUUUUUGAUAUACUCAGAGGACCGUUAUUAGCAUGUUUUAACCACUCCUAUGUAAAUGGUAGAUUAUCAGACACUCAAGAAGAAGGUCUGAUUUCAUUAUUACUGAAACAGGAUACAAGUGGAAAAUAUAAAUUGGAGGCCCCUUACACUUCAGUGUUAUGAUGCAAAAAUUCUAGCAAAAUGUAUAGCGCAUAGAAUUAAAAAGGUAUUGUCGGACAUUAUUCAUUCUAAUCAGACAGGUUUUUUACAUGGGCGAUACAUUGGAGAUAAUAUAAGGCAAGUACUGGAAACAAUAGAACACUAUGAAAAAUCUGGGAAACCACGCCUGCUAUUCAUAGCAGACUUCGAAAAGGCAUUUGAUAAAGUACGACUGGGGUUUAUAUAUAAAUGCCUGGAGCAUUUCAAUGUUGGACAAUCUCUUAUACAUUUGGUUAAAAUCAUGUAUAGUAACCCUAGGUGUAAAAUAGUAAAUAAUGGCUAUUUCUCAGAGAGUUUUAAACUGUCAAGAGGAGUGAAACAAGGUUGUCCACUAUCGGCAUGUCUAUUUAUUAUGGCCAUCGAGAAGUUAGCUAUUAAAAUCAGAUCGAAUAAUAAUAUCAGAGGAUUAGAAAUCCAGGGCUUGAAAACAAAGAUGUGCUGAUGAUUCAUGUUUUCUUUUAAAUCCACAACUUGAAUCCCUCCACAGCCUCAUAGAGGAUCUAGAUACAUUUUCUAAUCUCUCUGGAUUAAUAAAUGUAGUAUAUUACGUAUUGGAUCACUAAAAAAUUAAACUUUUACAUUACCAUGUAGUUUACCAAUAAAAUGGUCUGAUGGUGAUGUGGAUAUACUCGGAAUACAUAUCCCAAAUGAAAUAAAUGAUCUCACUCCAAUAAAUGUUAAUAGAAAGUUAGCAAAAAUAGAUAAGAUCUUGCUACCAUGGAAAGGUAAAUACCUGUCAAUUUGUGGAAAAAUCACCCUGAUUAACUCUUUAGUAUUAUCCCAGUUUACCUAUUUGCUUAUGGUAUUGCCUAUGCCUAGUGAACAGUUUUUUAAAUUAUAUGAGAAAAUAAUAUUCCAUUUUAUUUGGAACGGCAAGCCAGUCAAAAUUAAAUGGGCCUAUUUAUAUAAUGAAUAUGAAUUCGGAGGACAGAAAUUAUUAAAUAUUAAAGCAUUAGACUUAUCACUAAAAGCUUCAGUCAUACAAAAGUUAUACUUAAAUCCGAACUGGGUCUCUAGCAAAUUAGUAAGAUUGUCUCACCCAAUGUUCAAGAAUGGCCUUUUUUCCCUUUAUUCAGAUUACAACCUCUCACUUUAAGUUAUUUGAAAAGGAAAUAAUCUCCCAAAUAUCACUAUUUCUAAAACAAGCCAUAGAAAGUCGGUUGCAAUUUCAAUUUAAUCGUCCAGAAAUGACUGAACAAAUAUUGCAACAAAUAUUGUGGUUAAACUCAAAUAUACUAAUUGAUAAAAUAAAAUUGUGAGUUAUGUCACACAUGCAUAUGGAAAUGUCUGCUCUACCCAAAAUUACAACCAAAUAAUUGCAGCAUUACUGCAAAAAUGGAAGAGGAAAGUGGAAGAGGGAAAAAGUAAGGAACUUGUCUGUCGGCCUUGCAUUAAAGAACAUAAUUGGUUAAAGAAAAUUGUGAUAAAUAAAAAGGUAUACCAGUUUCAUUUAAGGACCAAAGGAUUGACAGCCGUCCCAUAUAGAUUGCAAAAUAGUUGGGAAGAGAUUUUUGACAUACCGAUUCCAUGGCAUAGUGUUUAUGAACUGAUACGCAAAACGACGCCGGAUUCAAAACUUAAAAUCUUUCAAUUUAAAUUAUUAUAUACAAUUCUUGCUACCAAUAGAAUGUUAUUUAUAUGGGGGAUACAAUCUUCCUAGCUCUGAAGAUUUUGCUGCGAAGAGACAGAAUCAUUAGAUCAUUUGUUUUGGUACUGUCCAUUUGUAGCUUGUUGUUGGACAAAGGUCCAGGAAUGGCUAAACAAUUGCAAUAUUUACCUGGAGCUAAACCUGCAGAUAGCACUACUGUGUGAUCUGAAAAGCCAUAGUCAAUCGAUCAAUAAUAUAAUAAUACUUUUAGCAAAAUUGUUUAUUUUCAAUUUACGAUCUGUAUAAACAAUGAGAAUAGAAAUGUUCAGAACUUUUGUAAAACAUCACAGUACAGUUGAAAAAUAUAUGGAUGGUGUUAAGAGAUAGAUGGGAGGUGUUGAAUGGAGCUGAAGGAUGGGACUAAUAACAACAACUAAUAACAACAAGAUAAGUAAUGUAAAGCAUACUGUGUCCAUAAUAAGUAUAUAGGUUAUAUGUUGAGAGCUUUUGUGAAAGAGCACAGUUAGAAAAAUAUGGCAUAUAGAAGCAAACCAGAUGGGCAUCAUGAAAAUGAUCGGAGGAAGUUCAGGAGUAAAAACAAACAAAAUAUAAUUAUUGUAAAAUUUGACUGUGUCCGGCCCUGCAUAGGUAUGAAAUACACAUACAUUAUUUACACUGUAAUAUCACCAGCUGGUGUCCUGGCAUGAUACUGUAGUAAUUGAGACUGGGGCCUCAGGGGUCAUCUUGUGAGAGACCAGCUCCCUCUAGUGGUGCAAUAGAACAUUAUAUUACAUAUAUUACCCUCUUGGUGACAGUAGACCACUGAUCUAGCAACAGCUGGCUUAUUCUUUCUCCUGAUCAUAACCAUUUGUGAAUUAGGGUACAUAGCUGAUCCUAGGUCAGAUUGAACUAGAAAGACAAUGGUGCACUGCCCAAGUAGUCAGAAUAUAUACCAAGUUGUACCAAGUUUGGUGUCUAAGGGGUAGAAGUUGCAGCAGUGGGCAGAAAAAGAUAAACAAUAUAAAUACAAUUGCAAUACUGGAAUACCAUUGAUGAGAUGAAUAAAAAACGUAUCUUUAUUAGGACGAUGUCCAGAUGAUCCUCCAGCAACAGCUCCAGAGCCAGCAGCAGCAGGCAGCAGAACAAGCCCAGAGGAAGCCCUCCCGUCUGGGGCUGCUGAGGAGGACCAACAGACCCCCCAUCCAGAGGCCAGUCUCUACCCCCUUGACCUACACCCCUGGACAGGUUCCCGUUAGUACCCCCGUCCCUUCCCCCUCUCCCACCCCCCAAUGUACCCCUGUCACCUGGAGGGACAGGCUGAAAAUGGGGAAGGUGGGUCGUCAUGGUGACCAGGAUGCAGAGCAGGCAUUGCAGGCAUCGCGGUCGACGUGCAGCAGCAGACUGGAGGAGGGGUUUCAUACCAUAGACUUAUAA